AUGGAACUCAUCAACGUUGGUGCCAUUAAUCUUGUCAUCCCUGGGAAUUUCCCGAUCAGUUGCAUACCAAUCUACCUCACAGCAUUCCACAACGACCAUCCAGCAUUGUACGAUGAAAACAAGUGUCUAAGAUGCUUCAACGACUUCACAAUGUACCACAACCGUCAACUCCAACUGGCUAUCCAAGAGCUGAAAAAGGAAUUCCCCCAGGUUCUGAUAAUAUACGCCGAUUACUACAAGACGCUAAUGAGGAUCAUUAACCAUGCUUUAGCUAAAGGUAAGUGCAAAAUUGGUGGCGCUUACAACUUCAACCCCUUUAGUAUGUGUGGCAUCUGUAGUAUGCAGGGUGUUCCGGUGUGCCCUAACCUCAAAAAAUACAUCCAUUGGGACAGCAUUCAUCUCACCCAAGAGGCUCACAGGCAAAUGGCUAUUUGGCUCAUUUUCAACAUCGCCAAACAGUGGAAAUGUUUGGUGUAGAAAUUUCUUUUUGGCUUUUUAGAUAUUUUACCUAAAUGCUUAGAAACACAGGCUUUGUUAUUUUCUUUUUAUUUUUUUACAUAUAAGAGCUAAUUAAUUCUUAAUUCGAGAUACAUAUUCGUUAUCAUUCAUUAUUUGUGGCAGCUCUAAAUGUUAGAACGUGAACACAAAUAUUAAGGCCGAUGCAAACACAAACCUUCAUGGGGCCCAAAUGAUGGUUGGACUAGCUGAUUUCUCUGGGACAUUCCAUAAUGAUGGUAGGCCACACCUGAUUCACAAGUCAU